ACAAUUGGUAGUGAGAAUCUGCAUGCUCAAUUGUGCGAUUUGGAACGAACGAGAAAGAUGAGAAAGGAAGACACGUGCGAGCGUAUGGAGAACGCUCUGCGAGAGUGCCACCGUCGAAUUCCGGCGGGUCCAAGUCGCGACUCAGCGUGUCGCCACCUUAACCAGGCGUUGGCCUUGUGCCUUGUUUCGUCGGCGUGUCCCGAAGAAUCGGAGGCGGUGCGCACCCUUUGCUCCACCGCCGGCACCGCUCUGAAGCGCCAGCAAUGCCAACAGGCUCAGUUUUCUCUCUCCCUCUGCCUCUCUUCUCACCAAAAAUAGCUUAUUCCCUAACCUAAUUUUUGCUACUCAAUUCUGUAUAAAUUUUUGGGAAUUUUUAGCAACGCUUAUUCAUUAUUCAUAUUGAUUUAAAUUUGAUCUGUAUCCGGCGGUGAAUUUAUUGUCUAAGAAGAAAAAUUGUUUGUCAGUGAUAUUUUGUUUGAAUUUGCUUGAUUCAAAUAAAAUUGGAGAUAUUUAUGCA